AUGCAGCACGAAAGCGCCGCCAAACCACGCGAGCGUAAUCCACAUAUCCGACAACUCCAGCAGAAUAAAGAACUUGUUCGAGUACCUGACCAUGUAGGCCGUGCCCGCCGCCAUCCCCAGAUACACCAGCACCCCCGGCCAGUGGCCCUUCAUCGCCUGCUGCGCCACGGGCAGCACGCGAAAGUGCAGGCCCAGCGCAACGAGCCCCAGCACGGCCGUCGCCCGCGCGGACUGCUCCUCCAGCAGCCUCUGCAAGAACGCCCGCUCGGCUUCCCCCCCGCGAGAGACGAGCCUCCAGCAGGCGUAGAGCUGCGCCAGCGUCCAGCACGACUGGACGUAGGCGUGCUCGGCCCAUGCGAGGCUGGCGGCGACGUAGGCGACGAUGCAGGCGGCGGCCGUAGCCCUGCUACUACUAUUCUCCUCCCCGCGCCUCCCGCAGUGGGCGGUGACGAGCUGGCCCAGCAGCGCGGGCAGCGUGGCGAGGAAGUAGGCGGCGGCGGCCCAGGCGGCCAGCGGGGCCCAGUCGAAGGAGACGGACUGCUCGAGGAGGCGGUGCGGCGAGGAGCGGGCGAGCUUCAUGUCCGCGAGGGCGUGGGGCCAGAAGAACUGGGUGGCCGAGGGGGCGAGCACCCGGCGCACGUGGUUGAGGGUGAUGGCGACGAGCAGGCAGACGGCGCCGUGGCCGCGGCCGUGCGCGGCGAGGGACCUGCGCAGGGCGGCGACGGAGUGCAUCCCCGUCAUGUCUGCUAUGAGGGUGUCCCAUGCCUCCGGGAGCUGGUGCAGGGACGGUCCAUUUUGGUGUCUGGCGAUGCGAUGGCGGCUGUGGGUUUCGCUGCUGCUUUUGCCGUCCACCAGGAUCGUGGCCUGCCGCACGAUGAUUCUCGGGUUCAUGUUGCUGGCCAUGGGUGGCUGGCCUGGGUUCGAGCGUCUUUCCUUCUUGUGCGCAAUUGGGGGGCAGAACUGUCGAGAAAGAGAAGUUCUACGUCUCACAAUGUCAAAUUGGAGGGGGAAAAGAGACCGGCCAUCGAGGUCUUUAUACACCGGGAGACCCCUCUAUUUCAACGGGGUAGAUGCGAGGCUCCAUGCAACGGGGCAAUUAAGCUCGCCGCUACCAGGGACGAUUGGGGCUAG